UCAUAAAAGAAUUGGUGUUUAAGAUAAAGAAAAUCAUUUUGAGCCGUAUUACUAAAUACUACUAACUAACUACUACAUUGGUUUUUUCCAUUUUGUUCAUUCUGUUCCCAAACCGCAUUCGGAACGAAAUUUGUGAACUAAUUGUCAUGAGGUACAAUUUUUGCUUGAUCAAAAUCAGAAGUGAUAUUGUACGAAGCGGUUCUGACAAAGGAAGAAAAGAAACAACAAUAUUUUGAUCCAAACCUGAAUCGAUUCGAAGGAAGAAUUAGUAUGCGCGGCCGUGCGCACGCAUGAAAUUUCUUUAAUGAAACCACAUGAAACAACGAUGUAAAAACGUAAAUAACAUCGGAGAGGAGAUUAACAAAUGUUUUUGAGAUUACGCUCUACUUAAGACCAGUUAAAGCCGGAAAUACUCUUCAAUUUAAUGGUUUAAUGGAUAAUUCGCCGACAGGAUAAUGGGACUGCGGUAACUUGGUCGUAAAAGUAACAUUGCGUGUAUCUAGGAACUUAAACAUUCUCAUUACUAAACACGAAACCUGUGUUUCUGUUGUACAUUUUUGUGGAAGAUCUUCUAAUCAGACAUUAUGCAAUGGUUCUGUGGCUGGACUCCUUCUCUGUUCCUCGUCUGGCUCGGUUUGAUGGCUGAUAUAAGGUCACAAAGACACAAGGCAGCUAAAUGUCCAAAUGAUGGAAACCUCACCACAUAUCAAGGAAUAUUGAAGAGUCCAGGAUUUCCAAAAUCUUCGUAUCAAGCAGACACAGUUUGUAUUUGGGUGAUAACUGCGCCAAGAGGCGGCAAAGUCAAAUUUGCAAUAUCAACAAUGGAGUUAGAGGACUGUUCUUUGUGCCGUUGUGAUUACGUUGAAGUCAGGGACGGUGCCACGGCUAAUAGUCAACUUAUUGGCAGGUUUUGUGACGAAGAGAGAGUAAAUCUUUAUUCAGAAGGAAGACACAUGUGGGUGAAAUUUAGAUCAGAUGUGGCGAUGGAAUAUCAAGGAUUCUCUGCCAGCUUUUCUUACUUGAAAUUACGAAAAAAGGAACCUUUCAUUAUGCAGGCAAAUGGAUCAUCCCAACUCAUAGCUAGUUCAAAAAGUCCAGCUGUUUGUGGCUCUGAGAAAAAAUGCAUAUGGAUAAUUUCCGCUCGUGAAAGAUGUAAAGUUCAAAUCUUACGAAAAUCAUUUGCCUUCCUGAAUUGUUUGGGACCAUUUGUGGAGAUCAGAGACGGCCCUAGCUCUUCUAGUCCAUCAAUUGGAAGGUUUUGUGGAGAUGAGAAGCCUCCGCCAGAAAUCUACUCCAUAGGAAAUAAUCUAUGGAUAACUUUUGAAUACAACUCUACGAGAGACUUACAAAUGAAUGGUUUCCAACUCUUGUACAAAGAAGUACAAUGCACCAAUAAACCACGGAUAGGAAUCUUCACUGAGCCUUUGAAUUCUGAUCAUUGGAAAAGUAUGGCCGUUGGAAUCGGCUGCACAAGUUUUUUUCUUUUUGUUGUUCUCGUGUGGUGUUUUCUGAAGGUAGCAAGCAAUGCCAGUCGCUUUGUAGAAUUCGAGCGAACAAUAUCACUGAUUGAGCAGAAUCCAACAGAGUCCUCCAUUGCGGAAACAUGUUUUACUAACGACAGAGAUCUGUGAUGCACUGACUAAAAACACUUGAGGAUCAAAAACUAGCAAAAGAGCCGGUUCUA